AAAAAAAGAUGGUUGAACAGAGAUGUGAUUGUUCUCUUUCCGCUCCGGCAGCAGUGAAGUCGUGGCUUGUUUCUGCCAGUUGACGGCGACGGUUUAAGUGCUUCAGAGGCGGAAUGUCGUUUCCAACGGAGACUUUGUGUUGCUCGGCGCUUUUCCAGGGUCAGACGAUGCUGAACGGCUAGUCGGCUCGUAUCCAUUACCCUGUGUUGGUGGUAGAGCUCUGGGGUUUGUUUUGAAGAAUUCUCCUUGUCGUGUUUGGGACAUUUCUUUGUGUGCAUCCGGAGAAAUUUGCCUCAAAGCCACACGGAGGCUGUGAAGCCGAAGCUCUUCGGUUCGUCUCGGUGUUUGCACUGGUCAACCACGUCAGCUAUAGUAACUGAUAAACUCGGAGAACAUCUGUUCUCUUUGGUUCCCACGUUUAUUCAGCUGAAACCCGUCAGAGUGACCUCCUAUGACCAUGGCUCCCAUGGGUAUCCGGCUGUCACCGCUCGGUGUGGCGGUGUUUUGCCUGCUGGGAGUCGGUGUCAUUUACCACCUGUAUGCCGGGGUCUUCUCCAACCACCUGUCCUAUUUCAGGCAAAGGAAAAAGGUGGACCUGAGAGACCUGUUAGCUGUCUCUGUGGAGGCUGCACAACUGGGUGGGAAAGAGGUGAAAAGAGUCCGCGAAGAAGACACACUCAACGAGAAGUCAAAGGGGAAAACAAAAGAGGGAGCUAAAGAGCUUCUGACUAUGGGGGACCUGCAGUCGCACCGGAAGAUGUACAACCUAAUAAAGAACACGUUUCCUGAAAUCACUGUGUACAGCGAGGAAAGUGACAGCCAACCAGAUUCGGUGUCCUGGAGCAGGAACAUACCUGAUGACAUGCUGAAGCUGGAGAAAGGCAGGGAGGUUUCUGCUGAUAGCAUCACUGUGUGGAUUGAUCCUUUGGAUGCUACUCAAGAAUACACAGAGAAAUUGGUGAAAUAUGUGACCACUAUGGUGUGUGUUGCUUUAGAGGGUAAACCAGUCAUUGGUGUCAUACACCAGCCAUUUACAGGGUUUACUGCCUGGGCGAUGGUUGGUCAGGGAACAAACAUGGAGCACAGAUCGUCCUACAACCUCAACUCGCCAAAAGUGAUCGUAUCACGGUCACAUUCUGGGGAAGUAAAAAACUUUCUUCAUUCUGCCUUUGGAAACAGCACAACAAUAAUCCCAGCAGGUGGCGCAGGAUACAAGGUGCUAUCGCUGUUGAAGAUGCAUUCAGGCCAAACAGAGCCUAUAGAUGAAGCAGAUGUUUACAUCCACAUCACCUACAUUAAGAAAUGGGACAUCUGCGCUGGUGCCGCACUACUGAACGCACUUGGAGGCCACAUGACCACUCUGAAGGGGGAGAACAUCGACUUCAGUGGAACUCCUUUGAACAAAGGAGGACUGGUGGCCAGUGUUGAGGUGGAUCAUAAGGACAUACUGGCCAAACUUCCAUACUGGGACCCUUCAAAGAACUGAAAGACAACCACAGAACCAUUGCCAGCUCUGGCUUGUUGUGCCGAGGCUUCCAUGAAGAAGAGAUGAUUAAACAUCAAACGUUCAUGUUAUUUUUUUCUUUUUUUCGUUUGCAAGCUGGGCAGGGAUUUGCUCUCUACACCAACCUGGCCUACUGAACAGGACUGUGACCAGCAUAGUUACCACAAUGGUUCUUGAUUCGUACUCCUGCAUGUAGCUAUCUACAUGCAUCAUUCAUCCAUCUCAUGUGAAACCGCAUGCUCACAAGGAACUGUGGGAAAACAGUGGACCCUUCUAUGUCUCCUCCUUUCACCUGCACAGGAGAACAGGGGGACUUUAAUGUGAAAUUCUCUGGAGCGCACAGAUGAACAUUGCAGAAGAAACUCUGGAGCUCAGCAUCUGCUUCCACCAUCGUGGAUGUCGUUUUUUUUUUACUAUUUUUUUUGUCAUAUUUCAAAAGAGCAUAACUAAUUUAGAAAGAAAUGUUUCAAAGAGCAUCAGACAUUAACCCAUCCCAGCAACUAAUGAAACUCUGGAUUUUGACUAAAUCUACGGGCUACUACGGUGAAAAAAUCCUUUUAUUUUUUAUUUAAGUCCUUUAUCUUUUAUUAACAUUACAUCAAGAUGGGUUAAUUGAGAAUAAGUUAAAUAUGAGCAGAGAACUCAAAUUGUGGCCAAGAGAGAAAUUGAUCGACCAGAUUUGUGUUGAGGCUUCCAUGUUUAACAGAUAAUUGAGCAAAUCGGUUCAAAACUUUUAUAAAAUAACUAACAAAAGUUGUUGGAGUCGCAGUGGGAACACAAGAAAGGAUUUGAUGUUGAAUUUAAUAACUCAACACUUUUAAUAUCCAGAAUUUGUGCAACCAUAAAUGUUUGAAAUUGGUACUUUUUACUUAUCUAUUCAAAACUCAUUUAGCAAAAGAAGUGACAUAGUCCUUCACCUAGCCCCAGCACUUCUCCACUCCAAACUGUUUGUUUUGAUGGUUCUCGAUUUAGACACCACCGUGGAAACCACGCAAUAGACUUGUAAAAGUCAGAAAGAUUUUUCAGUAAGAGAAACCAAAUCCUACUUGGAAAAAGACAUUAUUCCUUCCUCGUUUCUGCCUACAUGUGGCUUCAAAGCCCUGAAGUGUGCAUGCCUGGUUUGGAUUUUUGCUCUUGACGAAUCCCUGUUUCCUUUGACUACUGUUUGUCUUUCUGAACUGUGUCGGUCGUAUCUGAGUCACUUUUGACUUUGUGUUCAGUUGAAAAAUACCAGCAGAGAUCUCACGCGAGUGUCUGAAGAAGAUGCAUUUGUUAAAGGAUCUUUUCAUGUUCAUUUUGAUCGCUUUUGUGUUAAUGUGUAGCUUAAACUCCGUCUAGGUCAGAAAUUAAAUAUUGAAACGGUUUCCUCUGCCACCGGUUGACAAGACUUGACAAAUAGAGAUAGAUGUAAGGAAUGAUCUGGGCGGGUUGGCUAUAACAUAAAAACAUGGAGAAGUCAGAGCUGUUACGCUUGAGUUUCAGUUUUAUGUUUUCAGUGCCUUUGCUUGGACAAAACCACGUUGUCGCUGUAAGCUACAUUAGCAAUGCAGACAGCAACGCUCGCCGCCAUCAGUUGCUGUGAAAAUGACAUGGACACUGUUUGGGGUGUGACUUUGGAUACACCCCUUUAAGACUCUCAUGCAUGUGUACUUUAACACUUUUUCACAUCACUGUGUUGUGACGUGCUUGGGAGUACCACUUUAGACAUGAAAAAAGUCAUUUUUUACAAAUCCAUACAUUUAUAAAUGUAGAAGGAAAAACAGAUGCGUGUGUAGAAUACCUGACCGCCGUAGACUGCUGCUCAGCUUUCCUCAAGGCUGCACACGUUUAAGCCUCCAAUCAAGCCGCCAUAGUUAAAGGUUGGGGAUUUUGCUACUAGGUUGCAAUGUUGCAGAGAACAACGCAAAAAUACAACGUGUGUAUCGUCUGUAGCCGUGAGCGUGGAUUUCUCAAAGGUGCACCACGUGUACCUGUGUCUUUUUCCAAGUAGUCAUGCCAACCAGACUCUGUCAUGUUGUAGUUGGAUAUCUUGGAGACAUUUUCUGGUGUUCGCUACUUCUGUCGUUUUUAAUGUGAUUUGGGGGAUUUAGUAGCGCUGCUCUUUUUCAGUUUUUCUUCGCAUGGCUACUGGGUUUGUAGGAAAAUCAUAUGUUUGUGUCUACCUCUCUGCCAGUGUUUCACUUGCUCUCUUUAAAGUCGGGUGAUUUACACAUUGAAAGAAUGCAAAAGCCAAAAUAGAAGCGAUUCAGAGUACAUGAAGGGGGUUUUUGAUCAACUAAAGUAGAAAAACCUUUAGUUACUGCUGAAGUAAAUUAAAUUGAUCUUUGUCAAUAGUGUCUUCUAUUCCCUCAAAUAACAUGGUCAAAUUUUACAUUAACAGAAAUGACAAAGAAAAACCCUGCAAAUCUGCUUGAGCUGACUAUUUUGCCUUUAAGCAGCAUGAAAGCUAGAUAUAAAAACCAUCCAGGCUUUUAAUGUGUUACUGAAUUUAAAAUAAAAAAGUCAAAGUGUGAAUGACCACCCUAUGGUUUUAAAAAGACUAGUUUUUGGUCUGAUUUUCUUUCUAUUUUCUGUUUCUCAUUUGGUAAACGGUAUGUACAGUUUCCAUGAGUAAUUCAUUUUGCUUCUGUGAAUUUCCAAUAAACUGUGCAUGAAAGGAUGAA